ACAAAUCAAUACUUUUAUGGAUUUUAAAUUAGUUUUAUAAAAUUGUAUAAUAUUAUUACAAAUUUUCUUUGACAGGAUAUAAAUAAAACAAAUUUCCAGUUUUCAUGUAAACUGGUUACCAAGUCUUUUCAAAUGUGUUCAGUUCAAAAGAAUUGGAGGAAAUAAUUUCGUCGCGCUUCAGCGAUUGUGUAGCGAUAUGUUUUCUUAAAAGUAUUUAUUUCUUAAAACAUAUCUAAGAUGGACUUGUCUCCAGACGAUGAUAACUUCCAAGGCCGUCUGCUACACCAGGCGGCUUUAUGGGACAACCUGGAGCUGCUGCAAGAGCUGCUCGCCUCCGGGGCUGAAGUGGACGCGCUGGACGCUUGUUCCCGCAGCGCUUUACACGCUGCAGCGCUGGCGGAGCGCAGCCGGUGUCUUUCGGCGCUCUGUGAAGCAGGUGCUGACCUUGAUGCUGCAUCUGAUGCCGCUACUGGUGGAAAGACAGCGCUCCACAUAGCAGCGGAACGCGGCCAUGUUGAAAACGUUAAGACCCUGGUGUGCGCCGGCGCCUCCCUGAGCGUGCUGGACGCGACUGGGGAGACGCCGCUCUCAUUGGCCGAGAGGAACUGCCACAGACACGCUGCGCAGGCGCUGAGAGAGGCAAGAGAUGCCUUAGAACGCGAGCGCUUGUCCCAGCAUGCCCAGCUCCGCACGCUGGUCUCCCGCGGCGACGUCUCAGCCCUGCGAGCCAAACUAACCGCUCUGGGCAACGCUGCUGGUAUCGUGGUCAAUCUGACGCCAGGUGGCGCUAGUACACUCCUUUAUGUGGCCUCAGAAGCCGGUGCCACCGGCGCAGUGUCAGCAUUGCUGGAGGCAGGCGCCGACGGUCGAGCCCACCCAGUAACCAAGUACUGCCCGCUGUAUAUAGCCAGCUAUUACGGCCAUCUCGACGUGGCUAGGUUACUGCUGGCCAACUUCCCUCGUGCUGUUCAGCAAGAGACGGUAGAGAAAUGGCUGCCGCUCCACGCGGCAUGUAUCGGCGGACAUGCCGCCAUGGUGAGCCUGCUAUUGGAGUACCCGUAUCCAGCGGACGUACUCAGUACAUACACGGACGAAUCCGGCGAGUGGCAGUACUCGUACGCGUUCGACGUGAACGCGCGCGACGCGUCCGGUCAGACGGCGCUGUACGUAGCGUGCACGCUCGGGAACCUGCCCGUGGUGGACGCUUUGAUAAACUUCACUUUGCCAGCGACGAAGAUCAAUCAGUCGGAGCCCCAGCCGGAGACGCCCCCGGCGCUGUCCCCGGCCCGGGCCGGCAUAUCCCUGGGCAUACACGCCAUUGUUAGCAAGCUCACGGGGGGUAACAAGAAUCUAGAUGAGUCGCCGACGCGCGUGCGCGCGGUGCACGUGUCGCGCGGGCGGCCCGGCGACAGCUGCGUGGCGGCGUGCGCGCGCGCCGGCCACGCGCGCCUGCUCAGGCGGCUGCUGGCGGCCGGCGCCCGCGCCGCGGCCGACGCGCUGCCGCCCGCCCCAACGGUGGGAGAUUUGAACCGGUCGUCCCGGCGGCGCUCGCGCAGCGCGUCCGCCGCCGUGGCCAGGAGCGCGCCCUCCCCCCCGCCCGCCCGGGGGCGGCUCACCGCUGACAGAGACGUGCAAUGGACGGCUCUAGCAAUAGCGGCCCGUGCUCGCAAUAUACAAAUAAUUGAAAUGCUAUUGUCGUACGGCGCCACGGAUCCGUCGGGACUGGCCGCCAGUGAGCUGGCCAGCGCUGGCUUGACGUCAGCACUGGCCGCGCUACUGGCCUGCAAGGCGUACCCGGACCCGGAUUACAAGCUGAACCGCGCGUCCAUAUCAGCGGCGUUGUUCUCCAGCCGCGAGGACUCCGCGCUCACAUACAACGCUCUGUGCCCGACUGCGCCCGUCAUGUUGGACUGGCGUGAGCUGCGAUGCAAUCUGCCGGCUAUACGCAUGUCAUGGAUAGCGAAAGCGUGCCUCCGCGUUAACAGCAAGCUGUCGAGCGCUCACAGCGCUCUCAUGUCGCUCACUCGGCUCGACCUCGCCAACAAUGAGCUCAGAUCGCUCCCCGCUGAGCUGUUUACGCUCGUCAGUCUCAGGUAUUUGAACGCGGCUCAGAAUAAGCUCGAAAGGUUGCCCACAUCGGGCGAUCCCUUCGAAGACGAGGGGAAAAAGGUCAAGAAGGCUGGCAAAAGGCCCGAGGUUUACAGCGCUCCCGUGUUGCAAGAGUUAUAUCUGCAGGACAACAGAUUAGAAGAGUUGCCCUCGGAAUUGUUCUCGCUACCCUCGCUGAGCGUUCUCGACGUGUGUAACAACAAGUUGCGCGGCCUCCCGUGCCGCAUGUGGACAGCGCCCGCCCUCCGCGACCUCAAUGUGGCGCUGAACCACCUCCGCGAGCUGCCCACAGAUGGCGGUCCCACAGAAUGCACCAGUCCCGCGGCGGGUUCACCGUCAGAGUCUCCGUUACCCACCGUUGGGACCCCCACGGAAUUGAACUUUGAUCAAUCUAAAUCGUGGUCGCGCAGCGGGUCCAUUGAUUCCUCCGAGCUUCCUGAAGAAGAGGACGGUGUCAUCUUAAUUGGAGACCGGGGCGGGAAUGCGAUUUGGUCGGAAACCCGUCGCGUGCACUCCUGGCGUGGCAUCGUGGAACCCACAGUGGAAACCGCCCGCCCAUCCGGCGGCGGGUCACAACUCGCGUCGCUUAACCUGUCACACAACCAGUUCUCGUGCGUGCCACCGGCGUUAGCGUGUAGGGCUCCGCAGCUGACCAGGCUCAAUAUGGCUUAUAAUUCAUUGAGGUCCAUGUCUUACGUGACGUCAUACCCGGCCAGCUUGAGACAGCUCGACCUGAGUCAUAAUGAGAUCACGUGCUGGCCGAGUUUGCCCCAGGUGGAAACCCUGGGCUCGUCCGAGGGCGACCCGCUCGCCUGCCACUGCCCUCCCCCCCGCACCAGCGCGCGCCCGCGGCCGCGCUCGGGCGCGUCGGUGCGCGACCAGCUGCUGAGCGCGGCGUGCGCGCCCAGGAGGCACCUCCGGCUGCCCGCGCUGCGCACCCUGAUCCUGGCCAACAAUCUGCUGACUCGUAUACAACUUACGACUGAUGAUGACGGCGUCUGUACGACGCGCGAAAACGCAUCUACUGAGGACGAUGACGAUGAUUGGAGCACCAGCUCGUCCCUCAAAGGUCGUCUGCUGUUCCCUCUGCUGUCGAUGCUGGACGUGUCCAGCAACCUUCUGAAGGCGGUCCCGCCCGCCAUCCACGAGCUGGCCAACCUCUCAGUGCUUAACAUCAGCGGUAACAAGGACAUAACCGAACUGCCCCCCCAAAUGGGGUUGCUGUCCCGUCUCUGGAAUCUCAAUACCCACGGUUGCUCAUUCUCGGAGCCUCUCCGCUCCAUGCUUCAGUGCGGGAAGUACAAGAGCAUGGACAUCGUGGGCUACCUCAAGUCUGUGCUGCAGGAGGCCAGCCCCUAUCUGAGGAUGAAGCUGAUGCUGGUGGGGAAACAGGGCAUAGGAAAGACCAGCUUGCUGGAAUGUUUGAGACAGGAGUCAGCCAUACAACACAGAAGAAAACCUACUGAGCACUGGGCAAAACGCAUGGGCAACAAGUCGUCACGCAGGAACAUGUCCACAGUGGGCGUGGACAUCGGCACGUGGGUGUACGAGAAGCAGAGGUCCACGCGUGGGCCCAUCACCUUCAGGACCUGGGACUUUGGCGGGCAACAGGAAUACUACGCAACUCACCAAUACUUCCUGUCGCGUCGCUCGCUAUACCUGUGCGUGUGGCGAUGUAUCGAUGGGAGGCGGGGGCUGGCGCAUGCGCUGGAGUGGCUCAGGUCCAUACAAGCGCGCGCCCCGGGCUCGCCUGUCAUCAUGGUCGCCACGCACUACGACCAAGUGGCUAAUUGCAACCUCCCUGAGAAUGAGAGCCCCGAAGCGCUCCAGCGUGUGAUCCGCUCGGCCAUCAUGGGAGCCCCCGACGCCGACAAGCUGGGGCUGCCGCGCGUGCUGGACUCUGUGGAGGUCUCAUGCAGUACCCGUCACAACAUCCGCUUGCUGGCCGACAUAAUAUACUCGGUAGCCUUCAGCGUGAAGCCCCCGGGCUCCAAGCGGGCGCUGCUGGAGCAGAGCGUGCCGGCCAGCUACCUGGCGCUGGAGGAGUGCGUGACGUCACUCGCCAGGACGCUGCCCGAGCCCGUGCUGAGGCACACGGAGUACAGGCGCCAGGUCACACAGUAUAUGCAAUCGAAGAAUCACAGAAUGUUCCGAGACUCGGCCGAAUUGCAUCAGGCGACUAUGUUUCUACACGAGAAUGGCGUCCUCCUCCACUACGAUGACGCAACACUGAAGGAGCUCUACUUUCUGAAGCCGCAGUGGUUGUGUGAUGUUCUAGCGCACGUCAUCACCGUAAGGGAAAUUAACCCUUUUGCUAAUAACGGUAUAAUGAAGGUAGAAGACCUAGCGCACGUGUUCAAAGCGUCCCCCCUCCUGUCGCGCAGCGAGGAAGCGCACGCGCUGGUCGUGUCUCUGCUGAACAAGUUCGAGCUGGCGCUGUGCUGGGACGCCAGGCUGCUGCUGGUGCCCCCGCUGCUGCCCAGGGCGGAGCCCGACCAGCCACAGUUGCCACUGCGCACGCGGUCGUGGUCGCGGGGGACACCGAGGCGGGCGUGGCCCACCUCCGCCUUGGCGGACGUGCAAACAAACAGACAUACAGAUUCGCCCGUGCUGAUCAACGAGCCGUCCAGCUCUGUAGCGGUCAGCGGUCGCAGCGGCGCGCCAGCGCUUAGGAGACUGUUAUUGGUGUCAUAUGUGCCGUGCGGUUUCUGGCCGAGGUUGGCGACGAGACUGCUGGCGGACAAUGCGCUCGCGCAGGCCCCGCCCAUGAUAUAUAACACGCCCAAGGAGAUCGAAUCAGACGAGGCAAUGGCUAAAGCUUUAGAACUGAACUGGGGCUGGAAGCUGUGGAAGACCGGCUUGAGCCUCGUGUGCGGCUCCCUUACUCUGCUGUCACUGAGGGAGCUACCGGCGAGGGGACACGCCCUCCUGGCCGGUCUGCCUGAAGAGGACGACGCUGAGAACCCUUACAGGAACAUCAGGUUCCGCGUCCGCCAAGAUGGCGCCUGGUCAGAGUUGGAAGUGGACUCGUGCGCGUGCGUCGAGAUCAUGCUGCCCGCGCAGGUCUGCGUGGUGAAGAGGGACGACGGGCUGGCCAUAGCUGGCUACCAGAGCAUCAGCCUGGAGCCGAGCCCCGAGGUCCUGGCCAGAGUGCUGUCCCUGGUCUCCGAGCACGUGGACCUGCUGCUCGAGGACUGGUACCCCUCGUUAGGCACACGUUUCGUCCACACCUCUGAGGGUAGAUGUCUGAUCACGCGAGUGGUACCCUGCCCAGCGUGCCUUCGAGACGCCCAGGAGAGACCGGAACCACUGCAGAACCACCAGCUGGCCCAGGCGUUCCGUCGGCUAGAGCUGGGGGCGGAGCCCCCGCGGAGACUGCGGCUGUCCGAGGAGUCCCGCGCUUCGGACGGGGACAGCGGCGUCGGCGCAGAAUCAAAUGCUUCCUCCCGCCUGGGUUCGGUGGAAGGCAUCGUGAACGCCCCCCCGGCGCCCCCCGCGGCGGCGUGGUCGGCGUGGACCGUGGAGGAGUGCAUCCUGUGCGCCUGCGCCGGCGCGCGGCCCCGCUGCCUGUCCCACGGGGAUGUGGGCUUAGCCGACGUGGCGCCAGAUGUCCUACUCCUCGACGUAGAAGAAGACAAAAGGGCCCGCUGGGACCAGAUCUCGCGCAGUUCGGUCGCGGGGCGGGGCGCCUUCGGGACCGUGUUAGCGGGGAGCUGGAGACGGGGCGGGGGCUCCAUCCCCGUCGCCGUGAAAGCCCUACAGCCCGUGCCGCCCCCGGCUCCGCACGAUGCUGCCGCUCUGCAUGCUUACAAGGCGGCGCUGUCACGCUGGGAGCGGGACCCCACGGCGGGCGCGUGCCGAGCCUACUGCGGGCUGCGGCAGGAGCUCACCAUCCUGAACCAGUUGCGGCACCCCCACGUGGUGCCCCUCCUGGGGGUCUGCGGGGCUCCGCUGGCCUUGCUGCUUGAGUUGGCACCGCUGGGCGCGCUGGACGGCGUGCUGCGCUCGUACGCGGGCUGCGGCGCGCGCGUGGGCCCCCGCGCGGCGCGCGCGCUGGCGCUGCAGGUGGCGCGCGCGCUGGAGUACCUCCACGCCAGGCGGGUCGUCUACAGGGACCUUAAGUCUGAGAACGUGCUAGUGUGGGCUAUGCCCCGCCCGGGCGAAGCCCCGGCGGCGGAGCGCAGCGCCGCGCCAGUCCCCGUGCGGGUCAAACUCGGCGACUACGGCAUCAGCCGACUGGCGCCACCUUCCGGAACAAAGGGAUUCGGCGGCACUGAAGGGUUCAUGGCGCCCGAGAUUAUGAGGUACAACGGCGAAGAGGAAUACAACGAGAAGGUGGACUGCUUCUCAUACGGCAUGCUGCUAUACGAGAUAGUGACUCUACGGCAGCCCUUCGAAGGUCACGAGGCGGUCAAGGAGGCGGUGCUGGACGGCGCGCGGCCUGCGCUCUGUGCUCGGGACCUGCAGUACCCGUGCUGCCUGCUGGAGAGCAUGCGGCGCUGCUGGGCGGGCGCGCCGGAGCUGCGGCCGUCGGCGUCCGCGCUGGUGUCGCUGGCGGCGGCGCCCGAGUUCGCGGCGCUGGCGGACGCGGCCGCCGCGCGGGGCACUGUCCGCGCCGCAGCGCUGGCGACGCCCGUGCUGCUCGCCGGAGACGCGGAGUCGGGCGGGUGGGAGGUGUGGCAUGGCGGCGGCUGCGAGCGUGCGCACGCGCUGCUCGUCACCGACACACACUUGACCGCCGUACACACGCUUAGCGUGCCGCCCGAUAAUGCAGAGCCGGUGAGUGUGACGGCGAUGUGCCGCGUGGCCAGCAAAGUGUGGAUCGGUGACUCAGCCGGACGCGUCCAUGUUUAUUCAGCGUCGACGUGCGCCCACCAGUGGAGCGCGUCGGUGGGCGAGGCGGUGGGCGGCGCGCCGUCCGGUGUGGCCGACAUGACGGCGCUGCCCAGGUUACAACGCGUGGCGGUCGCCCUGGCGUGCGGCAGAUUGUUUUUAGUGUGCGCGUCCAGACCGGAAGCGGAAGGCAGUUUCGUGUUGACCGAGCUGGGGACCGCCACUGAGCUGUGUUGUCUGGCCGCGGUGCCCACUCCCAAAGGCGUGGAGGUGUGGGCCGGGGGCGCCGGCCUGGACUGCUACGGCGUGGGCGCGGGCGGCGUGGAGGAGGCGCGCCGGCUCGAGGUCAGCGGCCGCGUGACCCUGCUGACCCCGCACUCGGAUGACCCGCACGUCGCUCUGUACUGCCAUCCAGGCGCGUGCGUGUACCAGUGGUCGGUGGUGACGCACGCGCAGACGGCCCGCCUCGACUGCAGCAAGCUGGCGCCGUGCUCCGAGAGCCUGCAGUCCAUCGCGCUGGACGACCGGCGCGCUGGCGAUAAAUUUACGGUGACGGCGCUGUGCUCCCUCCGCGGCGCGCUGUACGUGGGCACGGCGUGGGGCUGCGUCAUAGUGGCCGACCACAGCACGCUGCGCCCGCUCACCGUGUUCCGGCCGUACGAGGAGGAGGUCCGCGCGAUAAUCCCCCUGCCUUCACACCGCGCGGCAAGCACCGACAUGCUGGCCACAAUCGGGAUCGGUUACCGCCCGCUGCUGCAGAGGUUCGCGCCCCAACAGAAUAAUCAAACUAACACUCACGCGGGAUUCUACUGUCUUCUGUGGCGAGCUCAACACUGGCUCCCGGACUAAACGAGUGGAUUUCUUAAACUUGAUGAAAAUCUACUUAAUCUAGCAACAGUGGGACUAUUUACAAACUUUAAGAUAUUAUUAUGUCAUCUCUCAUUCUUUGUUCUCUACUUCUCCUUAGAAAGAGUGGGACAAAAUCUCUUUAGAUGAGAUAUACCUCAUUAAAUUUGGUAAAUUUACCCUUAACUUACUAGUAGCGCCAUCUAGCGUCGUAUAUGGACAACAAACGAUUAAAUCAUACUCGGAUUAAUAAAAUCAAUAAAAUAUUUAUUUUAAGAAACAUUCUAAAACACUCGUAUGAUUUUAUAUUAUCCAAAUGAAAUUCUUUUGAGAUAUUUGUCAAUACAAACAUUUGUCCGUAACUGAACCGAAUAUUUUAACCAUAAAUAUGAAACUCCCGCGUAAAUAUGAAAUUAUUUUCCUUACAUUUGACGAUUAUUUCUCAGUACUGAUAAAUAAGAUCUGCUUUUCAAUUGUAUAUACAUACGUAUUACCUCAUUUAUUUAAUACGUAAAAAAAAUAAAGAGAUUCUGCUUCUAAGUAAUUUGUUUUAGUGUUGUAAUAUUUAUAGAAUUAUAUUAAUUUAAAAGUAAGUAUUUUUAGUUUUUAGUUAUAAUGAUUAAUUUAAAAAUAUUUCAUCUCGAACAAAUAUAAAAAUUAAUUUUAACUUAUUUUUAUGACAAUUUGAUUUUUAAAAAUUGUAUUUAGGUGUAUAAUGAUUUUUCUUUUAUUCUCUGUAUAUUCAUACAAAUUCAUUGUACCUAUUUACAGACAGACGGUUGUUUUUCAGAAAUCUGGAAAACAAAUAACUGUUAGUUGGUGGCUGUCAAUGUCAUUAUUCUGCCCUGGUAUAACUAAAAUGCCGUUAUCUGCCAAAUCCUUGUUUUAAGUAAAGCGUCAAAAAUGCGGUUAUAAAUUUGAACUGAUGCCAUUCAUCAAUGAGAACGCCUAUUUAUGACUUAAAGGUACCAAAAAGUCGUAUAUACAGAUCGAAAGGGAUUUUUUUUUCUUAUUCUACUGGUAAAAAGGUGAAAAUCCUGAUGUCAGAUAACGGCAUUUUAGUUAUACCACGGCAGUAUUACUGGGCUGUCAUAAUACACCAUAUAACAUCCAUUACGACAUUAAUUAAAUAGAUAAUUGUUAUAAUAUUUAAAGUCUGUCUUUGGCUUUUGGCUCCUAUCCGUCAAUAAGGCUUAUUUCUCAAUGAUUUGAUCAUUUUAUAAAAUGCCUAGUAAAUGUACCAAAGAUUUUUUAUUGUAAUCCAUAACGAGGUAGACGAAGCAUCGUGGUCAGCUUUCUGUCGGUGGCAUAAGUUUAAAUCAAAGAAUUUUGACCAAGAACGCACCUAGAACAAUUUGCAAGUUUAACAAUUUUAAACUAGGUAUCUGAAAAAGUACUAGUAAUAAAUAUUAAUAUAUUCCAUUUAGAAAUGUGAGGCUUGGCCACACCAUAUUCACAGUGUGACCUAAUAGAAUAUAACAAUUUGUUCCUUUUUGUUAUAUAUAGCAAUAUAUCAUCAGAAUAAUAAACGUGGUCAAAAAUCCAACUAAGUAAAGUUUACGUUUUGACUGUGGUUGAAUGUCAAUUAGUGAUUAUUUUUUUUUUAUUCUUUAGUUUAUUUAUGUCGUGUGCUCGUACAGAUUGUAUUAUGAACACUUUAAUGGUCAGUUGUGAUGAAUUAAAACAUUUUCAAUUCUGUUAGGUCAAACUGUACUGUUGAAAUUGUUUUAUUGCCCUGCAUUUUCGCUGAAGAUUCACUAAUGAUAUUAAUUUUGACGUACGUAUACAGUAAUUAUAAGUUAAUUAUUUAAAAAAAACUGUAUAAAUAUUUAUAAAUCUUAAGAAAUAUGACAAAGCCGAUUAUAAAUUGUAUAUUAUAUAUAUUAUUUUUGCUUAAAAAUGUUGCCAAAUAAUGUUACAGCCAUGAUUGUAGAACAAUUCGUACAUGCCUUAAUAAAAGACAUUUCUUAUA